UGCUUCUGUCAAGUGUGUGAUAAAAAAGCAGAAUUAAUCAACUGAUCAGGAAAUCCGGCUCCAUAAUCGAUCCCUGUUUGGACUGGACAGCAUCCAGCUCUCAGUAGAGUCAUAAAUGCUCUCAGAAUAGAAGUGUAUCCUGAAAUCACUGAAUCCACAGGUGAUUCAGGUGAGCAGCUUCAGUCUGAGGGAGAUUCUUACAGAAAGUCUGAACAUCCAUCAUCAGACUGUUUCAUGAUCAGGUAGUUCAAUAAAAACGCACACGAGCCGUUUCUGUGCAGAAUUGCAUAUAUAUAUUUGUAUUAUUAAAGUAUUAAAUAAUUUGUAUUAUUAAGGUAUUUCUGAUUCUAAUUCUGAUAAAUGAUCAUUGACUCUAUAAUCAUCAUUUAAGUCUAAUUUUUUUUAAAGAUAUUUAGAUUUCUGCACAAUUGUAAAAGUUUGCAUAUUGAUUAUUACUUCUAUACUUUUAUUGUAUUGUAUUAUAUUGUAUUGAGAAUUAAUCGUUUCUUAGAACAUUUAGGCAUACGUAUCCACUGCAGGCUUCAAACUAUAACGAUUUAUUGUCCCUUUUCUUUUCUUUUUUUUUUUUAAACAUUUUGUUGAUAUGAUUAAAAUUACAUGAGUGGAUGGAAAAAGAGCCGAGCCGCACAUAAUAAUAAUAAUAAUAAUAAUAAUAAUAAUAAUAAUAAUAAUAAUAAUAAUAAUAAUAAUAAUAAUAAUAAUGAUUAUACAUUUUUUUGUAGUGCCCUUUACAUCAAGAGACCUCAAACAUCUUAAAAGCAAAUAAGAUAAGGAGCUUUUUUUAAAAGAAUCUAUGAGGAGGGAACAAAAGUUCUGCCAAAAAGGAAAGUUUAAAGAUUAAAAUAAGGUAAUAAAACCCUCUGAAAAGUGAGAUCUCUGUAAUGUCGGAGUGUGGUUCGGUCCGUGAACGCCUCUCGCCGCUCCGCUGCCAUGUUGUUGUUUUAUUCUCGGGACUGAGCGGCGUUCACGGUCCAGCUGUCCCUCUCUGCUGCCGCUGCUGCCUGUGGACUCUACCGCCGUCUCUGAGGAAGGAGACUCCACUUUACGGACAUUUUCUGGAUUAACACAGAGCUCCAAGUCACUGCUAAAGUUCCCGGACCUGGAGAGGAGCCGUCGGGUUAGUGGUUUUACUGGUUUUGAAAGUUGCCCAGGCUGGUUCUCUCUCACUAACUGGGCUGGUGCUACUUUUUCCCAUUCAUGCUAACAGACGAUAGCAGGAGAACUUACCGCACUCAAACCUCUUCUUUUACUUGUAUAAAAUAAUAAUGUGAAAGACUGGACGGUAUUAUUGGUGUAGAUUAAACGGUUAGAGUUCAUAUUAGAGUGAUUUUAGGGUGGAGUAGCUUUGAAUAAACGGUGUUUAUAGAUGGAAGCUAACUUCGGAGCUAGCAUGCUAACUUUUCCCAUUGGCAACAGUUUGACAGAAUCAGCGUGAAAAACUUUAAAACUGUCUGAGCGACUUUAGGGGUAAAAAAACAGAGAUAUAAGAUAAUCAGAGGGAAGUUUCUGUCCUAGAUUCAGAGAAAAACCCUGAGGUCAGUGUGGUUUUGAGGUCAGGGCGGUUUACUGAUCAAUCACUCAGCUGUCAAUUUUAUCGACUUAAAACCAACUUUUAACUAAAAUCUACUCAUCAAACCUUACAAAAAGAGCAGAUUUACGUCCUUUCUUUAGUUAUAUCAUUUUAAGAGACAUACUUUUAAUCUAUAAUAAGAAAAAACCUGGUAACAGUGACAAAUAAACAGGCAGAAACCUUCAGCAGGACCAGACUCACAGUAAACAGACAGUUUUAGAGGGUUUAACAGGUGAGAUAGAGAGAGAGGACACUAUUAUAAUAAUAAUAAUACAGGUCAAAAGUCUUUGUAAAAGAAAACACUUAAACAUGUUAAAACACUAACAGUUAAACCAAGGGAAAUAAAAAGAGUAAAAGCAGACAACUUAAAUAUUACAGAUAUUAAACGGAAGUGUAAAAACACAGAGCAGAUUUGUAUCAUAGAAAUUAAGAUGAACAUUAAAAUGAUUUGUUAAAGUAAUUUCAUAAAAACCAGUGAGUCUUUGACCUGGAUCUAAAAGUACUACAAGUUUCAGUAGAGCAGAUAUUUUCUCUUUGUUUCAGUUAUUUAUUGUGAUCAGCUCAAGUCUGAUAGUCGACAGAUCUGUUAUCAGAGAAUAAGAGGAGGACAGAAGGAGUUACAACUGUUGGAGUCAGGAAGCUCCAAGGUUCACAUUUAAAACUGUAGUUAUGGUAAUAAAAGUAUAAUAGUUUGUAAUAAAUCAGGCAGGUCCACAGCAGCAGGAGACAAAGGUCUUCAUCAGCUCCCCUAAAGUUACAUGUCUGCUGCCUUUAAUGGUCCACGAAGGUUUAAAGUCAGUGAUAAUGUGUCGGUAAUAACUACAGACUGAGACACAGACUGAGCAGAAACGUCCUGACUUUAGAUUUAAAGUCCAGUAUGAAAUUAUUCAAACCUGCAGUUCCUCAAAUGUCCACUAGAGGCUUGCUCAAACAGCGCUGGUAACCACAUAGGCACCUAUUGAAGAAAGCUCAUCUCUACAGUAAGAUUAAACAUGUUUAAGUACAGUGUUGGUGACAGCUCUGACCUGUUUCUACUCACUGAACCGAGUUUUAAUUUGUGUUUAACUCGCUGGUUAUAAAGACAGCAGAGGGCCAAGUUUUGGCCAAUCAGAGGCUCAGUUUUGAUUGACAGGUGGACACGCUGUAGCUGGUAGCAAAGAGGCCAAAGGCUCGCCUUAGCGGUCUGACUCACUGAGAGUUUGAAUGAGUCAGCGUUUCUGGUGUGGCGUCCAUGAAGUGAUAGUCUUUAAAACGGUGAUUCAGGAGCUGAGGAGUGAAGGAGGCUUUUUCAGAGUUUUACAGAAGGUCAGUGAGGAAGGAAUCAGUGAUAUCAGUCACUCUAACUCCCAGACCACUUUCAGAGACUUUCAGAGACCACAAACCAGCCUGCAGUCUGGGGUAAUAAGGUACCAUGAGCUGAGUCCAGUCCUGUGCUACAGAUUUAGACCAGCUGAGGAGUCCUAAAGACUCAGAGAACAGGGAGCUGCAAUAAUCUCACACUGAGGUGACAAAUUCAUGGACUGGUUUUCCUGGAUCACGUCAGAGAAGUGUUCCUCAGCUUGUGCAACAACGUCUCAAAGUCUUCGUGGUGCUAACUUUGGCUUCACCCCGCCCACCUGUCAGUCCCCGUUCAGGUGAUCUGUCAGGUGUUGGUAGUAGAAGUGGACGCGUCAUCCUGCCUCCGGGGAAAGUUUGAGGAAGUUUCUUCUCUCCUCUUGAUUCAGGUUUUUAGAGCGGUUAUAAAAAGGUUAAACAUCCUCCUGUCGUCCCUCAUGAAUGGAGAGUAUUUGUGCCUCCGAUCGAGGUCAAGCUUCAUUCACAGGUAUUUCUGUCUGCUGGUUCUAAUCUUAUUAUCCAUUCAUAUCCAAUUAACACUCCGCUAAAGCCAAGAAAGGGAUCAUCAACCUGUGCGCAGAUUUAACACCCGCCUCUCUUUUUCUAUUUCUGCUGAAUUUCCUCAAAAACCGGUCCGACCCAAACCUGAAGUUCUCCGCUCCAGGUACAGGAAACAGACACUUUCCAUUUCCUGCCUCGAACCUGAGCAGCAGGUAACGUUAUCACGCCGUUCAUCAGGUAUUUAAUCUGCUUAAAGAGACGGCGAGUUUCCGUCUGUCGUUCCCCUCUUUGUGUCUCGGCGUGGUUGAACUCGUUCUGCCAGAGCCAAGGAGGGCGAGGCGGAGACAUUUCAGCUACCUGGCAGGUAAUCCCCCCUCCCCCCUUAGACUCACCCACUUUCACUUUCCAACACGGGAAACCUGAUGUGUAAUCCAACAGCCAGCGUGUAAUCCAACAUGGCUCUGUUUAUAAAUGGAUGCAGAUUACGAGAGGAGAGCAGGUUGCUUCACGGUAGGUACACAGGUAGAUUAGACGGGUAGAUUAGACGGGUAGAUUAGACGGGUAAUGAGCGCCUGUUUUAACGCAUCUGCAGGAGAGGAGCUGAGAUUUGACUGGAAGUGAUUUUAACUGAGAGGAGACAUGCACUUAAGGUCAUUUUAAAGUAUUUUAAGUGAAUUUUAAGAAGUGACUGUGAAUGUGAAAUGUUGUAGGUACAGUCAGCGUCUACUUUCAGCUUCUCAUUUUCAUUUCUGGACACAUUUAGCCAAAACUAUUACUCAACUCACUCUGUUCUCACUUCUCUUUUUCUGAUGUGGCCUCAGCAGAUGUGACGCGUCCGUCCGUCCGUCUGUCGGUGUCUUCUUCUCACUGCUGUUUCUCUUUAUAGAACAGAGACAGCAGUGUGUAUUUUUGUGCAAAGGUAAUGCACAGUUAUGCUCUCGCUGUAUGCGUGCUAAAUUCUCUCAGCCCAUGAAAGAGACGUGUUCUGCGGAGACUCGCUGCUGUGAGUUUCUGCUGCAGUUGGAUGUUCAUCAGAGAAUCAUUUUCCGCUGCAUCUGUCUGUCUCUGCUCCAUGCAAAUCAACACAAAUGAUCCUUUUAGUAUUCCUGCAUUUGCUCUUCUUUUGGUCUGAUCACGUCCUCUGUGAAUAAUAAGGUGUCAGGGUAACGGAGACUAUUAUUGAUAUUUGAUCAUCGCUGCAGAGGAUGUUUGUGUUUUUAAUCCCAUAUGAAUCGAUCAGUUCUGUAAAUUGUGAGUAAAAUCUGGACUUCAGAACACGCAGAGGUGCUCUGAUGAUGUUAGUCCGGUCUGGAUCCACAUGAUCGGAGUCACUGGGGUUAUAAUCUGUUAAAGAAAGUCUCUGUACCUUUUCUGUUUAAAAACCAUGGAGGCUGGUUUCUGGGUGAUCAAUUCACCACACAGUAUGGAGACCUGUUUGUAAAAACAGCAAACUAAAGUCCGUCCAAAGAUCCAGAUGUGGAGGAUUGAUUAUCUGCCUGGAUGACCUGCUCUGCAGCCUGCAGAUGACACAGAUGAUGACACUCCUGUUAUAAUUCUUCAAGUGUGCAGGCGUGAGGGGAGCCACGCUGCAUAUUUACUCAGACUUAAAGAGAGAGGGGGGCUUUCUGUGAUGCUGUUUGGCACUCACUAGAUCACCUAUGGUACGUACAAUAUCAACUACCUUAUUGUGUGGAAGCCUGUCGACUUAAAGGGAUAUUCCGUUAAAUCAAGUUAGGGUCAAACCCACCAUAACACCGAGUUAGACCCCCCCUCCAGAGAUGAAUGUUACCGACCGCUUGCUUCUCUAGUUAUACCAACUUUAGUAACGACCGCAGGAUAGAAAUACAGAGAGCCACGCCCCCAACCAAAACGCCACUCUAUAGCCACAGAUAAUGCUCAGAACAGCACCUAACUUCAUCAACAGGACAUAUGGGGUCACAGACAUAGUACUAGACACCAAACAUCUUUUUAACUUUGACUCAUUUCUUUAGCAAAGAGACUAAACACAACUCACCUACUCUCUUCCAGCAGACGCUUGUUUGUAGAGAGACCUCAGGCCAGUCCAUUACAGACUACAGCGGGGUGCCGCAGCUCAAGGAAGAACAUUUAUGAUCAUUACUUCAUGGAAAUACAAUCAGACCGAGACGCUAAGACAGAAGAACUACCGCGUCUGUAAAAUUAUUAAUAUGGUGAUUAUUACUUCAAGGAAAUGAUAAAGAAAUGAUCAUAAAUGUUCUUCCUUGAGCUGCGGCACCCCGCUGUAGUCCAUAAUGGACUGGCCUGAGGUCUCUCUACAAACAAGCGUCUGCUGGAAGAGAGUAGGUGAGUUGUGUUUAGUCUCUUUGCUAAAGAAAUGAGUCAAAGUUAAAAAGAUGUUUGGUGUCUAGUACUAUGUCUGUGACCCUAUAUGUCCUGUUGAUGAAGUUAGGUGCUGUUCUGAGCAUUAUUUGUGGCUAUAGAGUGGCGUUUUGGUUGGGGGCGUGUCUCUCUGUAUUUCUAUCCUGCGGUCGUUACUAAAGUUGGUGUAACUAGAGAAUCAAGCGGUCGACAACAUUCAUCUCUGGAGGGGGGGUCUAACUCGGUGUGUUUGACCCUAACUUGAUUUUACGCCAGAAUAUCCCUUUAAAAAUGGUGGAAUAUCCCUUUAAUGUGGCAUCAAGUCACAAACUCUACACAUGUGUCAUUAAAGCUUCUAUGAGGAACUUUCAGUUCGUAUUGAUUUUGGCUGACUGGACUGGACUUUGAGUCUGAUCAGCUGAUAAGUUUUUGGACUCUUCCUGGAGGCGUUUGUUUUGACUCAUAAAUCAUUAGAAAACAGACAGAGAGAGUUAACAUGACAGGCAUUAAUAAUCUGCUCUUCUCUCCUGGACAGAUCUGAGUUUUGAUCCUGCUGUUGUUUUCUUCGUCUCUGUUUGUAUUGAUCAGGAGGGGGCGAGCUCUUCUCCGUUUCUAAAACAGCUGUAUUUUUGUCCUGCUAAAGUCAGUGAGAAAUGUGAGAGCGGAGCCAAACCCCGUGUCCAGCUUUCUGCUACCUGUUGAUUUUCUUUGCGUUGGAAAGGCUCAAAGGUUGGUCUGCUGCACACAUGAGUUCAGCUGAAUGAGGGAAACAGAUGGAGGCCUGUUCACAGCACAUUCCUCUCACACUCCAUCCUGUCUGACCCGCUUUUUACGCCCGUCCACGCUCUGCUACAAGCUGUGCCGCUGCAGGUUGAAAGUGAGUUUUUACAGUAAUAACACACCAAGCGCUGAGCUUGAAUUUUUACUGCUCACUGAGCCAGAGAGACUCAAGAACGCUGCAGCCUGAUUGGUUGGUGGGAUUAACCCUCAGCGAAUGUUAAACGACAUAUUUCUGAAAACCAGUAAUCCUCAUCACGACUCUCGGAGGAUCUGAAACCUGCGAGCGUUUACUCGCUGUCAUGUGACGGUGAAACUAUAACUCUCUCUGUUGUUGUUCAUUUGUCACGUGAUCAUUCAGUUCAUCUAAUUUAAUGUUUAAUCAUCGUGUCAUAUUAAAACAACACUGACUUCAGGCUGUGAAGGUGCAUCAGUAUCUCUGGAGAGUGUGGGACAGUUUGGAUGAGGUGAUGGGUGUGUUUAUUUUGAGUGAAUGAAUGUAUUGCAAUAAUGACAUUGUGAUAACCUUAAAUUAAUUAUUGAUUGAUUGAUUGACUGGCGAGCCGCAGAGGAGCAGAAAGAAGUCGGUGUAAAUUGACACGUUAACUUGAAUGGUUACGAUCAGCUACGAUCGGAGGAUACGACCUUUUAGGAGACGAUCAGGAUGAAGGUGGAGGUCGGAGGUUAAUCUGUGAGGAGGACUGAAGGCUGGUGUUGUCGCUGUGAUUUAAAAACAACAUUCAGACCGCUCACAUGCAGACUGAAGUCACAGUCAUAGAUCCAGGGCUCUGUGAUCUUUGUUUGGGAUCGUUAAAUGAAUUAUGAUUAAUUUUGUUGUGAUAAGACAGUCAGAGAGCUUGAAUUAAAUUCAUGUGUGAUGGACGAAGAACGGAGUUAAAGUUUUAGUUUCAUGAAAAGAAGAUGAGGAUGUCUUCUGAAAUGAAGAAGGUUAAAGGUGUUUUUCACUCCUUAUGAAGUGUCUUCACGUCUCCCUCAGAUUUCAUUAAAGUGUUGCGUUGGCAGUUCUUGGUACAUGUGGUGUUUCCAAACUGAUUUAGUAACGGUCUUCAGGCUCCUCCCCUCUUGCGCGUCUGAACUCGCCGUGCGUCAGUCCUCCAGAUCUUUCCGCCUCCCACUCUUGAUCUGUUUGAACCUGCAGGAGGUGAAACCCUCUCUGCAGAAGUGAGACCUGAGCCGACUAAACUGACUCCAACUUUCCCAGGCUGAACCCAAAUCACAGCAAAACCAAACACACCGAUACGACCGCCAGAUAUCUGAGCGAGCCGGCCGCCGUCCUCUCGACACACUCUGUCGUAACGCUUCAGAGAAAGUUUGAGUGCAAAGGGUUUUUAUUCUGGCAGAGCAGCUUUGACCCACAUCUCUGCAGCUCAUGUCCUAAUUUUACUGUUUUUUUAAAGAGGUCAGAGGUCAGAGAGAAGGUCUUCACUUUGUUUCUCAGUCAGCUUUGUUAUUCUUUUAAAGUCGGUAAAGUCGGUUUUAUCAGAGCGGUGGACAGAAAAGUUCAGAAGCAGGAUGAGCUUCCUGUGACCUUUAACUCAAACAAGUGUGAAAACUUCAGUCAGAAGAACCUCCACACGACUCUGAGGAGGUGACAACUAAACAAAGUCUCAAACAAUCAUCAUCAUCCUCGGGGAAACAAGAACCAGGAGAGGUUUCUCUCAGGGUUCGACAGGAGAAGCUGCUGCGUCCAGCUGUCCACCGUUUCUGUAUUUUAGGGGUUUAGGAGUUUACUGGACGGGGUUGUGUGUGUUUUAGGGUGGACUUCAUAAAGCUGAGAUUCACUGACUGGGAAGGUUACAGAGGGAUGUGUUUCUGUCUGUCGCUGAGGCGGAGACGCUCCCACGUUUUCUUUUUCAUGUCGGAUCAUUAAAAUAAAUCAGAAAACUUCUCUGAGUCGUUCAUGUGUCACUGUAGACUGACAUCCGUGCAGGACACAUUAUAUUCUGAUGAUGAUGAUGAUGAUGAUGGUGACGGAGAGGUCCAGACCUGGCCUGGACCCCUCAGAGAGUCUCGGUGUCGGUGUGAUUAAACGGGAUAAUUAGGACGUUUUCUGCGGCUCAGAAUGAUCCCAGACUGCUGCUGCUGCUCUCCUCCUCAUUUUCCCUCUUUACAUGCAGGGCCAGAGUGACGGGUAACCAUGGUAACGUGAAUGCUCUCUCUGUCAUUAAGCUUCCUGACCCUCUAAUAACCCAAACUGAGAUCCUGGUGUUUGUAAAAGCGGUUAUUUCUUCACUGUAUUUCCAUGAAUGUAUGUCGUUUGUCUCCUUUAGUGAAUCUACACAGAAUAUAUGAAGGAAGAAAAAGAGCCUUUAUUUAGGUCAGAAACACACAGACUUAUAACGUCCAUGUGUCCAAAUGUAAUUAGAAUAAAUUUAUUUAUUAGAGAUUUAAAACUGUCACAGAUGAACUCUGAAGAAAAGGACACAGUUAUUAGACAUAAUAUAUCAGAGGACUGUAGAAUAAAGAAACUAUUGGGCUCCAUUAAAGCCAUAAUAAGAGAGUAAAAUUCAGUUAUAAAAACAACAGACUUUGACAGUUUGUGUCAAAACAAAAACAAGCAGAAAAAAAAAGGUUAAAAACCCCAAAAUUCACCCAAACAAACAACAUAAAGAGGCUUUGACAAACAGGAGCCUCAUAAGAAACACAAUAAUAAUGAUAAUAAUAAUAAUAAUAAUAAUAACAAUGAUAAUAAUAAUAACAGAGAAUAAUGUAAAUCAGUCCUGAAGGGAAACACUUAGAUCUGAUCACAGCAGAUGUUAUCACUGAUCUAUUAUUAUUAUGAUGAUCAGUUUCUCUCUCUAAAAGCCCGUCCUGAAAACACAGACCUGACAUUCGAUAAUAAAGGAGCUCAGACAGAGUGAAUGAAACUGACGCCUCAGUCGUCUCACUCUGUUAUUACUCUGAUUACAGCCUCGUCCACGCCUCACGGUGGUUUUUUAUCAGUUUCAGAGACGAGUGUUUGUGGGAGUGGAUUCAGCUGUGACGAGUUCACUCUGUGGGGGAACAGAAACCGGUCCCUGAGGGUCCGAGGGGAAAAUCUGGUCCUGUAGUUUUCAGUUAUCAGAUCUCAGAUGAAUCUGGCGGGGAAAGACCUCUCUGCUCUUUAAAAGUGGAGUGGGUUUUCUCCGUCUGUGUGACCUUAUCUCACAAUGAUUAUUUCUAACUUCCUCUUUAAGUGGCACUCUCACUGAAGUAUUGACUCAUAAAGCACUUUGAUUCUCUGUACUUCCCUUUACCUCGGCUCUCUGCAGACUUGAGCGUGACCUGACCCACUUCUCUGUUAUUUGGUCUUCAGAAUAAAAACAUUAACCUUGAAAUGAAGCAGCAGUUACUCUGAUUUAUUCAUUCCCAUCCCUGUAAUGGAGCUGCUGUUGACCAGAGAUGGGAAUAGAUGACAGGUGUAGGUACCAGAUGUGAUCGGGCUAACAGGUCGGCCUAUUGAUGACAUCACACUCUAUGAUUGGCUGGAAGUUGGUUCAGAUGUCAUAGAAGAUUGUGGUUGGUCCGGACAUUACAGAUGUGAUUUUUCACCAUAUUAGGUUUCAUGGGAUUGUAGUUCUUUGAAGGAAACAUGGACGAAUUUUACUAAGUAAUCUAUCGCUGAUUAUCAGAGAGGAUUUACGACAGUCAGAUUACCGCCUCUUUCAGGAAAUAAAAGCAAAACGAUCUAUUGAUAAACUGAGAUCCAGCGUACAUUUGUUUUUUCUUUUUCCUUUAGAAAAGUGAACAUAUAUAAUUAAAACCAUCUAAAAAAGACCGUACAGUGAGUUUUAAUUCUCUGUUUUAUGUGGAGAGAAAGUUUUGAAGUCGAUUAAACGAACAAACAGAAAUAAAGGUGAAAACUUGAGAAGAGGAGGAUCAUCCUUUUUUCAGAUAUCACAGGAGCUUCUUGUCCUUGAAGGCCACCGUAGCUUCAGUGAAGAGAGCGUUUUAUCUGACGGUUAGAUAUCUGUAAAAGUCCGUUCAGAACAGAAUGAGUUGGAAACUUGGAUGACGAAGUGUUGAUGAUGAAAACAGUUUGUCAUCCGUUGAGGAAAUGUGUUCACACCAGGUCGUGUAAAUCCUUCCUGCUGAUCAGGAGGCGCCGCGUUUCCAGUGAGUGAAAACAGACGGAGCUGUGAGCGAGAGAGAGAGAGAGAGAGUGAGAGAGAGAGAGAGAGAGAGAGAGAGAGAGAGAGAGAGAGAGAGAGAGAGAGAGAGAGAGAGAGAGAGAGAGAGAGAGCAGCUGCUGACGCUUCAGAGGGAGAAAAACCAACAAACUCACAAACAACAGACUGAGUUAAAAAAACAUUUUAAUCAGAAAUUCACUCCAAGAUGGUCGGAGGUCUCUGUUAGCAGUUUGACUUCAGUGAAUUUUUCUGAGUUAAUGAGCCGGAGACUGAUGAUGUUGUGGUUUAAAGUAAAGAGAUAAGGGCUCAUCAAGUCCAAGUCUUCAUGUGACUCGAUUCGACGGGUUCUGAAUUCAUCAAGUAGGUGGAGAGGAUAAAUCCGAUCUGACCUGCUGGUUUUUGUCCGCUGAGGUUUUUGUCCUCCUUUCAGACACAAUAUCUCAGGAAUCUGCAGAGGAAAUGUCUUUAAACUCGGCUCUGAAUCGAGGAUGAACUGAUGUUUAUCAGAGGUUAAAGGUCAAUCCCACUGUUCCAAUAUUUCAGUUUCGCCUGGAGGACAUUUUUAUUUACAUUUGGAUUUUUUUCCUGACCACCUGAGAUAAACGUUGGUGGAGAAUCUCCUCUCCUGUUUGAAGCCGUUUACAUAUUUCUGAACAGUGUCAGUAACGUGAUCGUCGGCAUGGUUACGGAAACUGUAAACUGGAGUGUUGGCAGAGCUCUGAGUUUGAUAGUUUGCUGUUCUUAUGGCCUAGAUCACGUAACAACACACAGACCUGAAGAAGUAUUUUAAUGUUUUUAUUUUAAUGUUUUUAUUUUAAUGUUCCCUCUUUGAUUUCACCUGCUCACAUCAGUCUUAGGAGUCUCCUUCAUACCGUCUUUCUAAGACGGAGGUUAAAGUUCAGGUCGUCCUGGUGAUGAGUCCAGCUCCUCUCCGAGUGGGUUUUUAUCUUUGUGUGUCGCUCAGAUCAGCUUCGAUCCUCAAACCUCUCCUUCAGCUGAUGUUUGUGUCGUAUCAGGUUCAGUUUGAUUAAGGAUUGAAGCUGAAAGCGUCAUGGAAAAUUACCGCCACCACACGCUGCAGGAACGCUUUUCUACACGAGGAAAAGUCAGACGUUGUUUGUAAUAGCAGAUGUUGGUUGAUAAUGGUGUUAUCAAAGCGCACUGACACACUGACUGUGAAUCUAACGGUGGAUCUGUAAAUCCUGCUGUUAUCCAGGGUCAACCUUCAGCCGGCGCACAAUACUGGGCCAAUAAUGAGGGGCGGAUAUUCUUAUUUUACUGACCUGAGUCGAUAUUUGACCUUUGGACUCGUGUUUACAGAGAAUAAUAUGGAAGUCAAUCUGUGACAAUUUGAAUUUUUUUGCAUCAGAAUCAGACUUUGGAUUUCAAAACCAUCGAAUUACAAGCACACACUUUUUUUUCUGACACUAAUUUUUUUCACAGUGAUGAAAUAAAUUCAGUGUAAAAAACAAAGUUUUCUCAAAAUAUUCGUUUAGUGAAAAUUUGACUCUAAAAAAUACUAGAUACUAAAAAAAAAAAAUACUUCAGUGUAAAAGAGACCGACUGUCUUUUGUCUGGACGAUGGAUGAUUGAGUCAGGAAUCGAUUUUUCUCCCUGGUUACCCGGAUGUUGAGUCGGUCUCUUUUACACUGAAUUAUUUAACUCUUACAUUUUUUUUAGGUUGAGGAUAAAAGAGUUUUUUCUUUUUAUAAAGUCAAAUUUUUACUAAACAAACAUUUUUGAGAGACAUUUUUUUACACUGAAUUUAUUUCAUCACUGUGAAAAAAUUAGUGUCAGGAAUAAAAAUACAUGCUUGAAAUUCAAUGGUUUUGAAAUUCAAAGUCUGAUUUUGAUGCAAAAAAAACAUUCAUCUUUAGAAAUUCAAAAUCAGAAUCAGAUGGCACAGAUUUACUUCCAUAGAAUGGGAGGCUCAUUAGUGUCUUUAAUGUGAAUAUUUUCAUUUUCUGAUGUAUUUUCAUGUUAGACAGUUUAACAGGCUGUAUUUUUAUCUUUUUUUUAGAUUGUCAGUUGAUGCACGAUGAUUGAUUUUUGCCAAUAUGCUUAAUUUUUAAACUCAUUUUAGCCACUAUGAUACUGAUACAAACCUUUUUCAUAUCUGUAUCUGCAGAAAUCUUCAUAUCCACUGAAACCGAUACUGAUCUCUUUAAGUUUCUAUCUGCUCAGACUGAUUACAUGUCAAUAUAUGAUAUAUGAGUUUCCUGUUCGGCUUUUAUUUUGAAAGGGUGUUGAAGGUACUUCUGAAUGUGGAUUAAAAGAGCGGACAGAACAAUGAGCAGUAAAAAUGUGAGAUACAGCUCUUACAGGGAUCAGCUGAUAUUGUUUAUUCAAGGCUGAUACCAACAUGAGAUCAGAUGAAGAGCAGCUGUUUUCAAUAUUAACUUGAGCUGUUGGAGGUAAAACUCCCACAGAUGAUCAUUCAGGGGGAGAACGAAGCCGAAGUUUUUCUCUCCGAAUAAUCGGCUUUAGUUCGUCUGUUUUCUGAUGCUAUUCCAGGUGAGAACAUCGGUUCAGUUUUCGCACCGUCACCUGAAAGAGCAGAUUAACCUCCAAUCCUUUUAUCUGUGCUCACACCCAGUCGGCCGAGUCGGUGUAAUCCUGUGUGUUUACAGACAGGAUGUUGUUAAAACACGGCAGCGGGGCAGGAAGUCCAGGUCACACUGAUAAGAGGCUGAAUAUCCAGGACAGGUGGAAAGUACCUGGAUCAGGAAAAGGGAGUUAAUCCUGUCACAGCUUUAGAAAAACCCUCGCUGUGAAGAGACGCAUCUCCAGGAACGUUCUGCAGACCAAACAGACAAACAAACAAACAGACAAACAAACAAACAGACAAACAAACAAACAGACAAACAAACAAACAAACAGACAAACAGACAAACAAACAAACAAACAAACAAACAAACAGACAAGACAGACAAACAAACAAACAAACAGACAAACAAACAAACAAACAAACAAACAAACAAACAAACAAACAGACAAACAAACAAACAAACAAACAGACAAACAAUCAAACAAACAAACAAACAAACAGACAAACAAUCAAACAAACAAACAAACAGACCAACAAACAAACAGACAAACAGACAAACAGACAAACAAACAAACAGACAAACAAACAGACCAACAAACAAACAAACAGACAAACAGACAAACAGACAAACAAACAAACAGACAAACAAACAGACAAACAAACAAACAAACAGACAAACAGACAAACAAUCAAACAAACAAACAAACAAACAAACAAACAGACAAACAAUCAAACAAACAAACAAACAGACAAACAAUCAAACAAACAAAGAAACAGACCAACAAACAAACAGACAAACAGACAAACAAACAAACAGACAAACAAACAGACCAACAAACAGACAAACAGACAAACAAACAAACAGACAAACAAACAGACAAACAGACAAACAAACAAACAAACAGACAAACAGACAAACAAUCAAACAAACAAACAAACAAACAAACAAACAAACAAACAAACAAACAAACAAACAGACAAACAAUCAAACAAACAAACAAACAGACCAACAAACAAACAGACAAACAGACAAACAGACAAACAAACAGACAAACAAACAAACAAACAAACAGACAAACAGACAAACAAACAAACAGACAAACAAACAGACCAACAAACAAACAGACAAACAAACAAACAGACAAACAAACAAACAAACAGACAAACAAACAGACCAACAAACAGACAAACAAACAGACAAACAAACAGACAAACAAACAGACAAACAAACAGACAGACAAACAGACAGACAAACAAACAGACAAACAAACAAACAGACAGACAAACAGACAGACAAACAAACAGACAAACAAACAGACAAACAAACAAACAAACAGACAAACAAACAGACAAACAAACAAACAAACAGACAGACAAACAGACAAACAACCAGACAAACAGACAGACAGACAGACAAACAGCGGCGGUGUGUCAGAGCGGCGCGCGGUGAAUUAUUGACACAGUUUACAGAAAUCUGUGAUGGAGUCUGUUCCCAUCAUCAGCUUCAUAAAUCUCUGUAUCAUUCGUUCAUUUGAUUUUCAAAAUAAAACUAAAAUUGAAAAACGGGUUAAUCUGUGCUGAAUUUAUCUGGCACACUCCGGCGUCCAGAAAAAAUAGAACUCUUGUGAUCAGCUGAGGAGUCCGGCGAUCCGCAGAGGAACGGAAAGAAGUCGGUGUAAAUUGACACGUUAACUUGAAUGGUUACGAUCAGCUACGAUCGGAGGAUACGAUCUUUUAGGAGACCAUCAGGAUGAAGGUGGAAACUGGGGGUGACCUUUUCGUCUGUGGAAAGUUUCGUGACCCGGAAGUGACCCUUUACUCAGACGUCAAGAGAACGAGUAACAGACUUUGGUCUUAUAGCUGGACUCCAGAAUUAUUCAGAGUUCAUGCGACACUUUUUUUUCUGGAUGUCAAAACUCCUGCGGAGAUUUCUACUGAAGGAGGAAGGAGAGCCGAGAUGUUCUGAAACGUCCGUCAAACGGUUCUGUGCCCAAAACUACCUGAGGAGAAAAGGACAGGGUCUGAUACAUGAUCCUGUUUUUAUUUGAGCUGAAGAAAACAGAAGAAAAUUAGCCGUUAUCUGCUUUUUCAUCUUUGGUUUUAUUUUGAAAAUCAAAUAAACGAAUGAUACACGGAUUUACCUCAAAAGUGUUUGACUGCUGUACAUGUCCUUGUUUUCUCACGCUGAGUUUCUGGGUGCUGAGACGUCAUCUUGACUGUUUGUGCUGAGAGUGGUGCAGAGGACACUGAACAUGAGCGUCCUGUCCUGUCCUCUCCUGUCCUCUCCUGUCCUGUCCUCUCCUCUCCUCUCCUGUCCUGUCCCAUCCUGUCCUGUCCUGUCCUGUCCUGUCCCGUCCUGUCCUGUCCUGUCCCGUCCUGUCCCAUCCUGUCCCAUCCUGUCCUGUCCUGUCCCGUCCUGUCCUGUCCUGUCCCGUCCUGUCCCAUCCUGUCCCGUCCUGUCCUGUCCCGUCCUGUCCCAUCCUGUCCUGUCCUGUCCUGUCCUGUCCUGUCCUCUCCUGUCCUGUCCUCUCCUCUCCUGUCCUGUCCUCUCCUGUCCUGUCCCAUCCUGUCCUGUCCUGUCCUGUCCUCUCCUGUCCUGUCCUGUCCUGUCCCGUCCUGUCCCAUCCUGUCCCAUCCUGUCCUGUCCUGUCCCGUCCUGUCCUGUCCUGUCCCGUCCUGUCCCAUCCUGUCCUGUCCUGUCCUGUCCCGUCCUGUCCCAUCCUGUCCUGUCCUGUCCUGUCCUGUCCUGUCCUCUCCUGUCCUGUCCUCUCCUCUCCUGUCCUGUCCUGUCCUGUCCUGUCCCGUCCUGUCCCAUCCUGUCCUGUCCUGUCCCAUCCUGUCCUGUCCUGUCCUGUCCUGUCCCGUCCUGUCCUGUCCUGUCCUGUCCUCUCCUGUCCUGUCCUCUCCUGUCCUGUCCUCUCCUCUCCUGUCCUCUCCUGUCCUGUCCUGUCCUGUCCUGUCCUCUCCUGUCCUGUCCUGUCCUGUCCUGUCCUGUCCUGUCCUCUCCUGUCCUGUCCUGUCCUCUCCUGUCCUGUCCUCUCCUGUCCUGAAAGUUUUGACUCGUUCUCAGAAACCAGGAACAUUUUCCCCCAGUCCUCAGAUAAAUCACGCUGCACGCUCCCUCAGACGGUGUUGUUGUGAGUCUGAGCGUCUCCUCACAGGUCCAACAGGAGUGUAGAUGAAGACAGAGGGACGGUCCUGACAGUCCAGGUCCUGACAGUCCAGGUCUGGACUUUUCUGUCAGAGUCUCUGUCCAGAGGAAUCAAAACAGUUUUUUGUUCGCGUUGUUAUCUUGUUAUCUUGUAACAUCGCAGCUUCAGCUCAUCAGAGGAACAGACCAGCAGAAGAGGACAAUGACAGUCCCUCGUCCUCGACAGCAUCCCCCCCCCCACAUCACAUCCCCCUGCAGGAUAAAUGGGUGUCCUUGUGUUUCUUCUUUUUUUUCCCGGCUGCUGUUUACAGCCCACAGAAACGCUCUUUCUCUUUUCACUCCCCGUCUUUGUCAUCGUCAUUCACUCUCUCCCUUCGGCGUCUGACUCAUCCUUCCCUUCCUCUGCGGGCCUCCCAGUGUGGAGCUGCUGGAGGUUUCAGAGCAGGUCAUCUACAAGAGUUAGAAAAAAACACACAUCCCUUUUUCUCUAAAAGUCAAAGUACUUUCACAAGUCGACCCUCACAGAUUUUCUCUGAACCCAAAGCUGUUCGAGUGUCUGUCUCACAUGGUUUUCCCCCGACGACACGGCCGUGACAAUCUUCUGCUGUUUACAGUGAAGGCCUUCAGCUGCAGGAGAUCUUCCCAGACCUGCUCUGCCUGGACUCUGCGUGUCACUGAGCACGAGGAGUCUGCAGUUUCCUCUGUUUCUGUUCGUUGUGUUUUUAUCGUAGGGCUGAGCGAUAAACUGAAAAUCCACAGAAACUGACGACAAUCACUGACGUCAUUUUGCUCAUGUCGGUAUAUUCAGUGUCAAUAAAUCAAUAAAUCAAAGUUGUUCUUGGAUGUGUGUAGGUAGGCUAUGGUCUCAUGUCCCUUUAAGACGCUGUCCUACAGACGUGACUCCGCCCCAUCCAGUCAGUAUCAAAGAGGGACAGACAGGUGAGGAGAUGGAGGACGGAGAGAAAGUUAACUUGGAGUAGUUAUUGUCCAUUUAUCGUUAUCGAGGUGAACUGAUCAAUAUAUCGUGAUAUUGAUUUGAGGACAUAUCGCCCAGCUCUAACUUAUCGUCCAAUCAGGUCUCAGUAAGCUGCAGCGUGCAGGACGAAGAAAACAGUCUGUACGGAGAAAAAACAGGCUGAACACAGUCGGCCGUCACCACCUCUACAAUCAGACACCCGCACACACACACACACGCUCAGCUAACGAGCUGUGUCUGAUUAAUAUAGAUGUAAUAUGAAUAGAAGCUGAACGCCUUAACUUAGACGCUCUGUUUUAGAUGAACGUCUGUUUAAAUGAGUCGUGUUUCUGUCGAGUGAUUCUGCAGAAACAAACCAGCAUCCUGAGCUUUAACUGAUGAGUCUGUUAUUUAAGGCUCGUUAAUUCAGGUUAAUUACAGAAAAUCUGUGUCUGUCUCAGACAUCGUUAUAGAGAGUUAUGAUAGUUUCAGACGUGUGUCAGAGGAGAUCCAGAUGACUGAGCUGUUAAUGACCUGCUCUCAGGGUUAAUGAUCUGAUCAUGUCCUACAACAUUUGGACGUCAGUCUGAAAGGAAACCUGGUUCUGUAGAUGGAUGGAGUUCUUCUGUCUCAGAGUCAGGUCAGUUAUUUUUCACCUCCUUAAAGGGACAGACUACAGAAGCUAAUACAUUCACCAAGAAGAGACUAACUGUGUUUCCUGUCCUCUGGGAUCACGAUCAUUUAAAAACAGACGCUUUCGUCCUCCUCCAAUCGAUUUAUGGGAAAUAAACAACACGGCCCAUUUGUUUAUUUUAAUCAAGUUUGACUUUCUUUGGAGACUCUGGGAGAUUCUUCUUUCUUUGAGUCACAUCGAUGGAAUCAUCAGAAGUUUGUCUACUUUGACACCUGAGGAUUUACAUACUCUAUGUUUAACUGAUAACAUGUUUUACUCUCAUCGACCCCGUAUUUGAAGUUAUCAUGGAGCUGGAGAAUCAGCUGAUUUGGAGCAGCUGUGGUGGUUAAUGUGAUCUGACUGUAUGAGAUUCGCUUAGUCAGGAAAAAAAACACAUAAAGACGAAAAAAAAUGUACAAAAAAACAGAAAAAAAUCAGAAAAAAAGAAUGAAGAAUAAAAGUACAAAAUAAAAAAAAAAUAAAAAAACAAAACAAAAAAAAAAGGAAAAAAAAUCAGAAAAAAGUGAAGAAAAAAAGUACAUAUUUUUUUUUUAAAUUAAAAAACAAAACAAAAAAAAAAACAAGUUCAAAAAACAGAAUAAAACAUUUUUGGAAAAAAAGAAAAAGGAAAAAAAACUUUAAAAAACUGUUUCCUUUUUUUUUGUAAAUGAACAUAAUCCGCCUCUGUAACAGUCGGUUUACAGUCUGUUUACAGUCUGUAACAGUCUGUUUACAGUCUGUAACAGUCUGUUUACAGUCUGUAACAGUCUGUUUACAGUCUGUUUACAGUCUGUUUACAGUCUGUAACAGUCUGUUUACAGUCUGUAACAGUCUGUUUACAGUCUGUAACAGUCGGUUUACAGUCUAUUUACAGUCUGUUUACAGUAGUUCCCGUCCUGAGCCGGACCCCGACCCCCUGCUGUCUGAAAUCUUAACCCACCUGUAGCGGAGAACAAAGGGCACUGUGGUUCUGGUUCUGGUUCUGGUUUUUCUUUGUCUGUUUGUGGAGCAGGUUUAUUCUGGUUCAGUCUGAGCUCUGAAUAGUCGGGCCUUGUAAGCUGAGAGAGAGAGAGAGAGCGAGCGAGCGAGGAAGGACAGCACUCCUAAUGAAUUAAUCAUUGAGCUGAUCUGAAGCCUCGGCUGUUUCUGUAACCAAAGGUAGCACAGCCGCUCGCCGCUCGCCGCUCGCCGCUCCGCAUCGACAAUGACCGACUCCUGCUGAGCUUCAGAGAAACGUCGGAGGACAGGAAGAACUGCUCUCUCGUUUCUCUGAUUUCUUCUUUUUCUUUAGAUCUACUUUGACCUCAGAAACCGUCAUGAACUAUCGGACACGUUAUUGAGACAUUCUGGAAAAUGUCCUGACAGUUUCUCUGACGGUAAAAGUGAUGGAAACUAAAAGUGCUCUCAGCGGUGAGAGUUUCACUUCACUGAGUGUAAAAAGUCUCUUUUCUUCUGCUUCUGUAAAUGACGGAACAUGAGGAGCUUUAAAAUACUCCUCAAGUUUGUGGUUUUUGUUUCCAGGAUUCAGCAGGUUAAGAGACUCGACAGAAAACGAGAAAAACCUUCAUCAGUUUUUAGUUCAGCUGUUUGGAGAAAAAACCUGUGAAUUCAUUUUCAUUUAUUUAAAUUAAUACAAACCUGUUUGGUAUAGAAAGAGUCAGUUCGGUUAUUAAAUGAAGAAUUAUGACACAGAGGAGCUUUAAACAUUCAGAUCUUUGCAGAAAUCCUCAUGAAGGUCUCCGUUCGUCUGUCUGUCUCAGCUGAUCAGACUUUUCAUCCACCGUCAGAUAAACGCCGAUCUUUUCAGAGCUCAACAGUAAAGUACGGUUUCGUUCUUUUACACGAACUUAUCAAACACAGCUGUCCCUCCGUCCCUCUGUCCCUCCGUCCCUCCGUCCCUCCGUCCCUCUGUGAAGACAUGAGGGUGUCCUGUCAGUCACUGGCCGUGUUGCCUCUGUAGUACACGAUAACCCCCGGCCUUGUUUGAGAGUUGUUGACUGAC